AUGGCUGCAAAUACCAACAGUCGAAUUGCCUUGAUCACUGGUGGAACAAAAGGAAUAGGUUAUGAAGUAGCACAUCAUUUGGCACAAAAAGGUAUUGAAGUCUUAAUUGCUUCGCGCGACGAAAUCAAAGGUGAACAAGUAGCUGAGCAGCUCGCCUCGGAGAAUCUUUCCGUAACUUACAUUCAGAUUGAUGUAACAAACCAAGCUACAAUCGAUCUCGCUGUUACUGAAGUUGCAAAUGCUUACGGUCGUUUGGAUAUUCUGAUCAAUAACAGUACUCUAUAUUUGAAAGAACCGCGUCCAAGUGACUUACCAUCGGAAAUGAUUCGGCAAAAUUUCGAAGUGAAUUUUUUCGGUGCAAUUGCUGUGACAAAUGCUUUUCUGCCCCUACUUCGACAAUCUUCAUCAGCUCGUAUUGUUAAUAUUUCGAGUGCUCUUGGUUCACUUGAUUUCCAUAAAAAGAAUCGCGACUCCCACUUCCAUUGUGCGUACAGUGCAUCGAAAGCUUCGCUUGAUAUGUUCACACUGCAAUUAGCAAGGGAUCUACAGGGCACGAAAAUCAAAGUUAAUGGUUGUACAUCAGAUUUGGCAACAAUUGAAUUAUAUUAUGAUCACGAUCACGGACAUGGCAUGGACGCGGCCAUCAGAUCAAUUGUUCAUUUGGCAACCUUAGUUGAUGAUGCGCCAACAGGAAAAAUCUUUGGUCUCAAUUUCGGUGAACAUAAAUGA